AUGGAGGAUCACACAGGACGCUAUGUGAUUGGACUAGAAAAAGUAGAACAAAUUCCUGAAAAUGGAGGUCACUCGAUCACAAUUCGUCUGAUCUUUUAUUUGGAAAUACCGGAUGUAGGGAAUCCGCAAAAUGAGAAGUGGAAAGUUCGCUUUUGCUGUAAUCUCCACGAAAAUCCGGAAGCUAUUGACUUAAGACAAAGUGGAAUUGAGGAGAUAAAUGAUGAAGUAAACUCUGCAAUUCGCAAUGCUGUAACAAAGAUUUUGCUUGCUAUGAAAGGAGAUUUAAACUCAAUUGUUGUUGGACAUGACUACACCUUCUAUCCGGAAAUGUCGCUUGAGCUAAUCAAGGCCUCUUUUAGAUCAGAUCAAUCCGAAAUGACCCAGAGGAAUAGAUUUAUCACGGGCCCUAGAUUCCGGACGGCUUCCGUGGGUACUGAAGCUAGUGUCGAAAGAGCAAAGGAACCCCAACCCGAACAAGUGUCCUUUAUCACACUGAAAGCCCCAUUUCAUGUUCAUCCGAUACUGGGGCAAAUUAAUCAUGUGCUAAGUAAACCUGGAGAGGCUGUCCCCUUUCUUGUGCUCCCCGGUAACGUCGAGCGUCCAAUCAUUGAACUCCCGCAGUCAAUCUCUGACGUUGUCCUUCAAAAUAUUGAUAAUAUCGUCGGUUCCCUUCGAAAUACGAAUUACGCCCAACCCCAUGAAAUACAUUACUACAGUCUACCUUCUAAAUCCGUUCGUACAAGCACACCAGAAGUUUCAGGGAUAGUAUAUCAUUCUUCGGCUCCCAAUACAGUGAAUCGACAAUCUGGUUCUAAUCUAAUUGGCAAUAAAUCUCAGGCAUAUUCGUCCGGAACAGAUUCAACUGGUUCACUAUCACUGACUUCACGAGAUUUUACUGCUAUUGACUAUUCAUCUGAUCCUAUCCAUUUGACGCCGGUUACGCCUUUUAACAAGAAUCUUCAAGACACCCAAAGUGGAUUUAUUCAACAUAGAGAUACUGAAUUAGACUUCAAUGAGCAUGGAAGAAUUCCUCCAGUACAAAGUACAUCAAUACCAUUCUCUCCUUUCCCCAUGUCCCCAACAGUACGAAGGGGAAUUUCAAAUAUUCCAAGAUCAUUCAGUCCUUCAUCUCAGUCACAGCUUGAGAAUAUGCAGCAUUUUCGGUUCAGCUCGAUGAAACCUCCAAUCUAUGCUAGAAGUAAAACAAUGUCUCCUUGUAGGCAUAACUGCGUCACAUUCUCUGAUCAAAUUCAAACUCAUCCUAUUCCACAAGCAUAUAAUGCGAUGUUUGAGCCGAGUAAGCUAAAUAAAGCUACCAAUAUUUCAACUGGUUAUCUACCGCGUCAGGCACGCGCAUCUUCAACUCAUUUUGAUUUCAAUAACAAGGGAGUAAAUCCUGGCAUGAACUUCGAGACACCACUAAUACACUACCCUAUGGCCUCUGAUCCAACGCCAUCGGCCAUUGUCAAACCUGAUAUCUCAAUGAUGACUUCCCCAAGUCUACAAAUGAUUGAAUCGCCAACCAGUUACUCUGUACUAACGAGUCCUCAGCAGACCCCAAAGAAAUGCAUUAGUUGCCCAUCGAUUCCAUCAGAUGUUCAAGUAUCACCAAUGCAAUAUCAGUCACCCUAUUUGGCUUCCCAUAUUGGCCCGGUCACAUCAAAUUUUGUAAAGUGCGUAUUUAAUGGAAAGGUGGAAAUUCAAGGCACUUCAGGGGAAUUUGAACAAAAAUUGCUUCAACCUACUUUGAUCAAUCGACUUGCUGUAGUUGCGCCUGCUUCUAUUAGUGAGAACAAGAAAGUUCCGACAAAGUUUACGCUUGCUUAUGUGCCCCCUUUCGAAAAAAUGCGCCAAACUUUGAUAUUCAGGGUUUUAUUCAUUGUUUUAUUAGUUAUUUUCGGAUUUUUCUCAAUUAAUCUUAUUAAUUCAAAAAAGGAUGUAAUUACUAUAUUUGUGAUAACACCAACAUAUUAUCGCAUCACCCAAAAACCGGAGUUGGUGCGGUUAUGUACAGUAUUUUCCCAUAUUCCUAAUUUACAUUGGAUAGUAAUUGAGGAUUCUAUCAACAAAACAGACUUAGUUACCGACUUAUUGAAGCAAUGCAUUGUUACAUCAACACAUUUGAAUAUGCCUUCUCCUAAUGAUAAGAAAUAUAACAUUAAAGGUAGCAACCAGCGAAAUGCUGGCUUACAAUGGCUAAGGGAAACUUACAAGCCUGGGAAAUGCCGUGGUGUAGUUUAUUUUGCUGACGAUGACAACACAUACGAUCCACGAAUAUUUGAGGAAAUGAGGACACUUCAGUUAGGAGCCACAUGGCCGGUGGGAAUCGUCGGUGGGAGUAGUUGGGAGGGCUGUAUCUGCUCCCCAGAUAAUCCCAAUCGGAUAACUGGAUUUUGGGCGGGUUACAAACCCUGGCGAAGUUUCCCCAUCGACAUGGCAGCAUUCGCUGUCAAUCUCGAUCUUAUCUUCACGCAUCCCAAUGCCUCGUUUGACUACGAACACGUAGAACAACAGGAGGGCACAAUUCUUUCUCAGCUGGGGUUCAAAUCGGCGCAUGAGUUGGAACCAAGAGCAAAUGGCUGCUCAAAAGUAAGAAUUUCAUUCAAAAUAUGCAGCUAUUUCAAUUGUGCAAUUUAUUUUCCAAACCACUUUGCCCACUUUUAUCUAAAACGCAAUAUUUUAAUUUUUUUAAUCAGAAAUACAAUCUAA